UUCGGCAAAUUAGUAAACAAAACAUUUUAUUUGUAAAUUAAAAUGAAUUUUAAACAAAUUGAAAUAAGUGAAAAACUUGUACCAGCUAAUUAUUUAAAACUGGCAGUAGAGUCACAAAAGUCUAAAGAAAUUAAAGUUAAGGAGUUGUUUGAAAAGCGUUCGCUACCAGAGGAAGGAUGGAGUGAUGAUCUCAUAGAAUAUACUGUGCAACAAUUGGCUAAUUUGGACAGUAAUAACUUCCCUCAUAAAGCGGGUUUAGGUGAAAGGGAAGCGCGCAUUGCUUGUAACUUAGUGGGCCGUCGUCAUUAUAAGUUUGGUCAUGGUAUUGGCAGAUCUGGAGAUUUGUUAGAAGCCCAACCCAAGGCAGUAGGUUCCUCGAUAUUGUCGCAAUUAACUAAUAAUAUGCUUUUACAACUUUUACGAACAAUGGGCAUUAAAAGCUGUCAAAGUUCCUUUCUAGUCCCUUUAGCCACGGGAAUGACUCUAACACUAUGUUUUCUCAGUCUGAAGAAACAAAGACCACAAGCAAAAUACAUUUUAUGGUCACGUAUAGAUCAAAAAUCUUGUUUUAAAAGUAUGACCACUGCAGGCUUUACACCGAUUAUUAUAAAUCCUGUAAGAAAAGAAGGAAGAGAAGGACUAUUCACUAACUUAAGACAAUUUACAGAGCAAUUGGAUAGAUUGCCUAACGAAGAAAUUUUGUGUAUAAUGUCUACUACAAGUUGUUUUGCUCCACGAAAUAUGGAUGCGAUAUAUGAGCUGGCGGAAUUGGCUAAAAAGUACAAUGUACCUCAUGUGGUCAAUAAUGCUUAUGGCCUGCAAUCUCAAUACAUUUGUUCGCAUAUCGAGGGUGCUGCUAAGCAUGGACGUAUAGAUCUUUUUGUACAAAGUACAGAUAAAAAUCUAAUGGUACCAGUGGGUGGUGCCAUUGUGGCUGGUUUUAAUGAAGAAAUUGUGCACAAUGUGGCCAAAAGUCGUGCUUCUAGUUCCCAAACCUUAGAUGUUUUCAUGACUUUAUUGUCAUUGGGUAGAAAUGGUUAUUUAACGUUAAGCCGGGAACGUAAACAAACCUACGAGGAUUUAAAAGCUCACUUAAUAGAGUUUGCAGAUAAUAAUAAAUGUUCUCUUAAACAUUCCAAAUUUAAUCCCAUAUCUAUGGCUUUAUAUUUAGACAAUUUAAGUGAAGACCAACCCACUAAAUUAGGCUCUAUGCUGUAUACAAGAGGCAUCUCAGGUACUAGGGUAGUAGCAGCAGGUUCAAAUAAAACUAUUGACGGUUAUGAAUUUAAGAACUGGGGUACUCAUGAAGAUAUUGUAGGACCAGCCUAUUUAACAGCUGCUGCCUCAUUAGGUUUGACCUCUUGUGAAAUCGAAGUUUUUAUUAAAAAACUUAAAGAAUGCUGGAAGGAUUUACAUACGCAAAUGGCUAAAAAAUAAAACCAAUAAAUAAUGAUACAAAUGCGGAUUGCUGAUGAUG